GUUAAGCGUGUUCUACUUCCGGCGGCAUUGAGCGAAAAUAACCGAAGUUAUGGAUGAGGAGCAAGAAACUUAUAAUUUAUGGCGGAUCAGAAAGACUGUAAUGCAGCUUUGCCAUGAUCGAGGCUAUCUCGUCACUCAAGAUGAAUUGGAUAUGACGUUUGACGACUUUAAGGGUACAUUUUGCAAUAACGCAAAUCAGAGGAGGCCGAACCGAAGCGACUUAAUCAUUCUGGUCGCUCACAAUGAUGAUCCAACAGAUCAAUUAUUCGUGUUCUUUCCUGAAGAACCUAAAGUUGGAAUAAAAACCAUCAAAACCUACUGUCAAAGAAUGCAACAGGAGAAUAUUUCUAGAGCAAUUAUAAUAGUUCAGUUAGGCAUGACCCCCUCUGCUAAGCAAUCUUUAGUUGAUCUCGCACCAAAGUACAUUAUGGAGCAAUUUAUGGAAACUGAGCUUUUAGUGAAUAUAACAGAGCAUCAAUUGGUUCCCGAGCACGUGUUGAUGACUCCAGAUGAAAAAAAAGAAUUGUUGGAUAGAUAUAAAUUGAAAGAGUCUCAGUUACCCAGAAUUCAGCAGGGAGAUCCUGUUGCGAGAUAUUUUGGUUUAAAACGAGGACAGGUUGUUAAAAUUAUUCGUCCGUCAGAAACGGCAGGAAGAUAUAUUACAUAUAGACUUGUUGUUUAAGUUCAUUUACCUUUUAUUACGUUUAAAUAUAUGUGAACAUAUGGCUAAAAAGUAAGAAAUAUAUCUAUGUUUAUAUAGAAUUUAAAGUCGAUCUAUAAAACAAUCAUGAGAUUUGAUCUUUUUGUUCAAUACAAAGAUCGAGUUAUCAAAAUGGCUUUUGUCAAAAGAAACAUAAUAAUUAUACUUAAUGUUUCUUAUUGUUGGAACUAUUCUUUAUUACUAAAACAGUUAUUAUUUUUAAAUACAAGUAAAUUUUUGAAUAGAUA